AGAGGGAUGGGCCUCCCAAACAGAGCCGCGCUCAUCCUGCCAAUCCGGGACUAAAUAGUAUGCUGGAUAAGAGUGAGGUGUCGACGCUGCCUCUGCCCCCCUCGGUGACCCAUGGCGGCUCAGACAGCAACAUCAGCGUGGAGGGGGUGGCGUCCAUUUCGGGGACGGGGUCAUGGCAGGGCGAGGGGCAGACUGAGGGGCAGCGAACCCGCGCUGCCCUCGAUCACCUUCAGCAGAAGAUCCUAAAGAUCACGGAGCAGAUCCGCGUGGAACAGGAGGCGCGCGACAACAACGUAGCCGAGUACCUGAAGCUCGCGCACAACGCCGAUAAACAGCAGGCGUCACGCAUCAAACACGUGUUCGAGAAGAAGAACCAGAAAUCAGCGCAGACUAUUGCUCACCUGCACAAGAAGCUCGAGCACUACCACAAAAAGCUCAAAGAGAUUGAGCAGAACGGACUGGCUCGCCAGCCCAAAGACGUCUUGCGGGACAUGCAGCAGGGCCUGAAGGACGUCGGCGCCAAUGUCCGGGCUGGUAUCAGUGGUUUUGGAGGGGGUGUGGUCGAAGGCGUGAGAGGUGGGGUCUCAGCACUCAUACGCAAUAAAUUCGGCAGCGCCGACAACAUCACCCACCUGAAGGACACUUUGGGGGCAGGGAAUGCGGAGGACACACCCCCUCGCACACUCAGUGGCAGCGCCACCCUGGUCUCCAGCCCCAAGUACGGCAGCGAUGACGAGUGCUCCAGCGGCACCUCCGGGUCCGGCGCCGGAAGCAACUCCGGAGGGGCCGGGGCCAUCUGCAUGGGCAGCCCGCGACUGGACGGACACCACCAUCAUCAUCAUCACCAUCAUCACACGUCCAGCUCGUGGGACGCACUUCUGGAGGGGCUGCAGGAGAUCAAAGCCAGUCAGGUGCAGAUGGAGGAUGCCAUGGAGGACAUGAAGACCCAGCUACAGAGCGACUACUCCUACAUGACCCAGUGCCUGCAGGAGGAGCGGUACAGGUAUGAACGUCUGGAGGAGCAGCUGAACGACCUGAGUGAACUACAUCAGAAUGAACUGAGCAACCUGAAGCAGGAACUGGCCAGUAUGGAGGAGAAGGUGGCGUACCAGUCCUACGAGAGAGCCCGUGAUAUACAGGAGGCGGUGGAAUCGUGCCUGACCCGCGUCAGUAAGCUGGAGUUGCAGCAGCAGCAGCAGCAGGUGGUGCAGUUGGAGGGCGUGGAGAACGCUAACGCCCGCGCUCUGCUCGGCAAGCUGAUCAGCGUGCUGCUGGCGCUCAUGGCCGUCCUGCUGGUCUUCGUCUCCACCGCCGCCAACUUCAUCACCCCUCUGAUGAAGACGCGCGCCCGCAUCGCCUCGUCCGUCGCCCUCACGCUCUUCCUCAUCACGCUCUGGAAGCACUGGGACUGGCUGGAGCUCUGCUUCCUGCCCGGCUGAGUCCCGGGAACUCCAGCGCCAUCCUCUGGUACCUCACAGCAGUGCGGUAACACACUGCUGCUGCAUCUGAAGAACUAACCAGGCUCCUCAGAGAGACUGAGAAACAUCUCCAAACACCACAGGAGCAGGGAGUGGGGCGUGUCUCAUUUACACCAGCUUUAUCCAAAUCUGGUCCUGUAGCUCCAGUGCUGACACACCCCUGUUUUCCAGACGAUACAGUCUCUCAGAAAAUCUGAAAAUCAGCUUAAUACUAAUAUGCACAUUAUUUUUACAUUAACACCUGGGUGGUGCAGCGGUCUACCGACCUAGCACGCCACCGCCGAGUGUCUGAAUCUCAGCAGAGCCACGAGGGAGUCACGCCGAGCUUUAAGUGUGAGUCCAACACUGGUGAAAGAUGUGGCGCUUUUGUUACCUCUAAUUGGACUCAUGCUGCUAGCUCUGCAUCUGUUCACCUAUAGGUUUUGUGAGACACGCUAAGCUCUUCAUUGCUAUCGCAGAUGCCUCGACCAGCCAGCAGAGGCCGCAGUUCAGGACUUGGCGUGUCUCGCUUUCUAGAGAGACUCACGUCUGGACAAUAGAGUCGGUGUCUCAGAUCGGGAACAUCACCAGACCGUAACCACACAGGACCAGAGACAGAUUAGCUUUAUACUCUCUCAUCCAGCCAUCCUGAAGAGAAGAAUGGAUAUCUAUAUAUUUUUUCACCUUUGGAUAGGUUGGAGUGUUCGUGCAUGGGAUCAGAAACAGGAGUCUCCAUCGUUCCAUCCAAAUAUCUGAGAAUACUGAACGUUUUCAUACUACUGAAGCUUUUAUGUGAUGGCUGUUUUAUUAUCUGUGAUGUUCUGUGGGUUUGAGUCAGACGUCUCUAAGGUCUGUCCGUGUAGAAACCAGACUUUAGGUUUAGACUUGAUGAUUUCAGAUGCUUAUGAGUGAAUUCUUUGAUUAAAUAAAGCUUUUGCAGUGAUGGUAUGAUAGAAGAAUGAUAAAAGAACAGUAUGAAAGGAUGACGAUCGGUUGAUGUGUUGCUACGGUCGUAAGAAAGAUGCUCUUUAUUUUAGGUGCUUGAGUGGAGUUGGAGGGUAAAGCUUUCUUACUGCUGCACAGGAGUGUGCGAGGAGUUUGGCAUGUUAUCCUUAUAUUUGAGAAAAAUGCAGAAUGUGAUUGGCUGCCUUAAUUUGCCCUUAGAUGGACGUUAGUGUGGGAACGUGUGAAUGUAAGCUGGUCUACACUGGAUUGACAUCCAUCCAUGUUGUUUCCCUGCUCUGCACCCAGCGUUUAGGUGAUACCAGACCCACCACCAUCCUGACCAGGAUAAAGCACUCAGUCACUAAACUAAAUGAAUUACAGAGCUGUGGAAAUUUUAACUUGAUUUCUGCUCGUGUCAAACCAGUUCCUUUUGGCUGCUCCUGAUAGCUGUUGCUACAGCAGAUCUUUUAUCUGCAUGUUUCAUUUGGCACAGUUUUUUAUGCCAGAUGCUAUUUUUGACGCAAUCCUACUAUAUAUAAAGAUAAACUCCUCCUGAACUCAGCAGUGUGGCUCUUAGCAUCGCGGCACACAGGCUUACUCAAACUAGCAGUGCCUGUAAUCUGUAAAAUUAGGACAUAAGACCUACGCCUCCCCCCACGAUGAAAAUGAACAUGUGAAUGAGGUAAAAGUUGCUUUAUGUCUACGUAAGUGUCAAAUUAUUUAAGUAUAAAAUGUGUGAUUCAUUUAGGACUGUCCCCCUUUUUAAUCAAACAAAGUAAGUGUUUAAAUCUUGUUUGUUUGGACAACAGAUGAUGAUGGUGGUGGUGGUGUGGGCAGCUAAGAGUCGAGACUUUUCUCUUAUUUUAAAGCUCUGAACGGUGAUGUGGAUUAAAGAUUGUUUAUUUCUGUUCAUCAUGAAUGUCAUUAGUAUUGGUGCUGUAGCUGCUUGUGCAUGCCGUCACACUGCCACGUCCAUGUUUACAGCCUCCCUGAUCAAUGAGCUGCGACACGUUUAAUAUCUAAUAACAUUUCUGUACCGCGGUGUUGUGAUUUAGGGAGGGCUCGUCUGUCUCUGUGUAACAACUUUGUUAUAUUUAUUACAGGUUUGUUUUUUGUGUACUGUUGAUAUGUUACACUUGACUGAAAAUAGGGACACCAGGAACGCUUUGCACAGCUCUGUAAUUAAAAAUGCUCAAGCUCAUCAUAGCUGUUUUAUAAGCCCUGCCUGUACAGAUCACAUGAUUAAUUAUCGGAUUGUCCGCCGGCAUGUUUAGCCAUUAACCUCACAUUUCUACCUGUUUAAUAAAUCCACCUAAACUUUAAA